GGAAGCGCGUCUGUGGUUGUCAACCAUGCAGAAACUAUUAGUUGUGCGCGUUUAUAAGUAUUUUUAAGCGAUGAUUUAAAGCGUUUGGCUAAAUAAUAAUCCGUAUUUAAUAUGUCCGAAUUGGGAGAAGGUCUUAUUUUUGCGAAAUAGGUAGAUUCAUUCUUAAAAAAAAGGAAACUGGGGUAUUUAGAAAGUCAGAGUGCUGACAUUACGUUGUCUAGGCAGCUAGGUAACGUUAGCACCUCAAGCCUGCUGGCUUUAAACAGUGGCACUUUAACAGAAUGAUCCUUCAUCAUCAUCAUCAGCAGCAGCAGCACCAUCAGCAUCAUCAUCAUCAUCAUGCCGCUUUUUCCUGGCAUGCUGAAGCCAGAAAUCUGAAGAAGCUCUGAAAAAGCUCUUCUUCAGGAUGCAAGUGCAGAAGGACACUCUUUCUUAUUCAAAUGUUAGAGCAGGUCUGGAUGGAGAGGCUGAUGAUGACAGGCAGCUUCUGGUCCAGGAACAAAAGGCUUGUCGAGCUCGAGCCCGUCAGUACUCCCUGGAAACAAACCAGCGUAGAAAGGCGCUGGAGGACAGGAGGAGGCGGCGGGACAUUCAGGAGCAGAGGCUGAGGGAGAACAUCCUCCAGCAGCGUAAGCAGAGACUGCAGGAAGCUACAGAGCGUUUUCAGAGAGCUCACCUCCCUCCGUCACAGAGGAGAAGACCAGCCUCUAGUACAAGAGCACCUAACUUGGAGGAAGCACUCAGUCAUAUUCAGGGGGCCCAAACCUCCUACACUCAUCACUCUUCAUUCUUAUCCGGCACCUCCUCCAUCAGCAGGAGCUGCACUCCCUCCCCUAAAGCCCCAGGGGGCUCCAGCGGUCCUCGCAGCCUGCAUGCAGUUUCUGCAGCUCAGGCUUAUGCCAAGCUCAUGCAGGAAAGAAGCCUGGGUGACUUUAAAACCAGCCAGCUCCUCUUCAUCAACCAGCUGCAGGAGUAUCUACCAAAGGAUCAAGAACAACUUCAGAUACAGGAGCACAGUGACACUCAAAUUAGCCAUGCAGAAAGCCUGUCUAGCCUGGACAGCCUGGAGAAUGAGGUUCCUCAGCAAGGUCAUAGCAGUAAACCUGACAGUCUGGAUCACCCAGAAGUCCACGAUACCAGAAAGCCAACAUCACUGCAGAGGCAGCUAAACUGCCCAAGUUCAUCAUCUAACCACUGUCCACCAAAGAGUUUCCUGGAGAAGGUAAUAAGUCAGGAGGGUCUGUCUAGUUCUUCCAAUUCCUCAUCACCUUCAACUGUGGAAGAUGAGUCAGCAGAUGAGGUUCAGAGUGUCCAUAAUUUCUUAAAAGCAGCAGAGCAGUGCAAUAUAACAGGCCAGUCCCAGAUGUCCAACAUCCAAUCUACUCUUCCCUGCCAAAAGCAGGUGCUUGCAACUAAUUCAGGACAUACAGAGAACCAGUAUGGCACAACUACUCAGGAGAACAUAUCGAGGGAUAAAAGCACAGUAGCAGCCCACUGCAAAAUGCAGACAGCCCCAGAUACCAUACCUCUGGUAUAUUCGAGCAUGGCUCAACAGUCCAACUCUGAAUCUGGUAAGCUCUCGAAAUGCGCUAAGCGUCUGUCAGAGAUCCAAGCUGCCCAGAAAACCAGCAGAUGUAUAUACAGCAGUGCUUCUGAUCUGAACAAAGUCUCUCCUGGUUUGGAGAACUCAGCCUUACAGCCAGCAGAAACAGAGAACUCUUUCCAGUCCACUAAGAGGAACCCAGAUGAAGAUGGUGUUCUAGUUCUGGAGAGGAGAACCCAACUUGAAAGCUUUGAGAAAUAUAAGAGAGCAGAAUGUCCAAACUUAGUCAAUGAACACAGUGAUAGCAGACUGGCAAAGACCAUUUUGCCUAAGUCUUCCAAAAUGACAGCAGAACAAGACAAAACAUUAGCAGACACUUUGACCAACCAUAUUGACCUCAAAAGCAGCAAUGUCCGAUUUCUGAAAGGAAUCCUUAAGAAAAAGUUCAAGUGUAUGGGGGAUGAAGGUGCCAAAUUCAGUUACACCCCAGGCCAUUUUACUUUCAGCAAACACGUGGCCAUAGCUAUUAGGGACAGUUUGGAGCUCAGUCGGUCUAAAGGCAGGGACCCAGAGAGCAACAAGUGCAUUCAGAAGAAACUUCGCUGGUUGGACGAGGUGAAUAGCGAUGGAGGAGAAAAUAAAGAAAUAGUGACAAAAGAAUUAAGCAAGCAGGCAGAAACUGAAAACAGACUAACUCAACCAUCUCAACAGCCUUUAGUGGACCAACAACAGGGAUCGUUCCGUUCGUGGUACAUAAACAUACCCUCAGGCGUACCAAACAACAACAAGCCUUCCUCUGCCCCAGCUGACCCCAGCUCAACCAAACAAGCCUGGUCAGAUGUUGGUCCUCAGAAAGGAAAGCAGCAGGAGCACACAGGGGAAUCAAGAAUGGAAAAAGCAGCUUCCUGCACUACUGGAUUUUGGGUUCCCCGGCGGGCGCAUUCAGCCAGAACUGGCUCAAGCGCCAUUUCUUCCCAAGCCCGGAGGGGUACCAUGAUCAGGCCACAAUCUUCCAGUCAGGUGCAACAUGUGGUCAGAACCCAAGGGAAGGUCCUGGUGCCUCGGCCUCCUCCAAGAUCUGAGGUAACUAGGGGGAACUCAGGUCAGGCAGUGAUGUACAUCACCAAGACAGGCAACAGCGAUGAGCGUUCCCAAGGUAAAGCACAUCUGGCAAUGGAGCAGGUUCUUUAUAAGGACUAUCCAGAAGGUCAGCCUGUACCUCUGCACCACAUUCUCAAAACAGAUGAAGGCACUAUAUUGGACCCAGUUCCACCCUCCUAUGCCUGCAUGUACAAGACUGUGUCUAAAGGCAUCUACACCUUCUGCCAGUCAGAUGGCCAGGUAGGCAGCGGCAGUAAUGGCUUUCAGAAAGGUAUCUUGGAUCGUACACCAACUGACGAGGAGAUCUCACUGCUGUGGCAUGGAGUGCGUAGUGCCUUAGCCAGCAAAGAUGAUGACUCUCGAAGCUUGCAGACUCACAAUGGACCGUUGUCUGCUUUGCCUCAAACUAAUGCCAAUUUGUCCCAUGUUACCAUCAACGGUGAUAGCCUGUUCAGCGGUGUCAAAGCAGUUGCAAGAAUGGAUGGCUUUUUACUGUCAUCUUCCAAUGUCAGGAGUCCACUGAGAAGACCUGCUCUGGAGAAUAAUAUAGUGAAAAAGAGAACUGCAGCAUUAGGUGACAGGAAACCCCCUGUCCUUUAUCAGGCUACAGUGCCAAUAACUGCAAGCAAAACUGACCAGAUUGUGCAUGAUGAAGGUCCUGAGGUGAUAGAUAGUCAUGAACAGGUUGCUGUAGACUUGUCUCAGUUCCAAAGAGCUGCUGAGUUCCUGCAGACACAGCGAGGCCUCAGUGCUCUCUCCCUGGAGGAACAGAAACUCCUGCAAUCAAUCGAUAGACUCAACCACCGCCUGCAGUAUGUGCAAGAUGCGGCCGCAGGAAACACAGCACUGAAGGGUAUCGUUGCCUUGGACCCUGCAUAUGUGAGUAUUACAAACCUUUUCAACUGUGAAGGUGCCAUGCUUGUGCCUAAUCUCAAACCAUUCCACGCUUUUCCACUGCAAAAGAGCUGGUCCUCAGCCGGAAAAAGGUGUUUGGUUCCAGCACCCAAAUGUUGCAGGUCUACAAUCAAGAACCAGUGAAGUCAGAUAUAAUAUCGUUGGUAUGACAACAACUUGAAACACUCAAGUUAUUUACAGUACAUGAGUUAAUCAUGCAACAAUGAGUCAUCAGUCUUCAUAAGAAAUAAUCAACACUGUAAUUAUCUAUGUAUAAUUUUCAGUGGUUGUUAACAGAAUUAUGGCAUUUAUUAGUAAACUAGUAAACUUUUUUUUUUUUGUAGGUGGGGUUGUUUUCAGAAAGUCUAGAAGUGAACUUUAGGACUGGGGUUCGGCAGGAUACAGCAAAAAAAGUUGCGCAAAUGGGAGGUUUUUACUUUCAUGUGGGCAAGCGGUUGGAUAUGAAGCUUGUAGGACAACAAAGACCACAUUAGUUAACAUGUACAUGCAGCACUGCGGCAUCCUUAGUAACUGCCUGCUCAGGGUCGCAGUGCUUUAAAUUAUGCUACUAGUUCAUUUAUAUUUUGAGAAAUAGAUCUGGAGUGAUGUAGGUGACAUGGAGGAACUGUCAGAGCCAUAAUUCACACACCAUGCUUACACUGUUGGCAUUACUACGUCCGGGAUUUAAUUAACGGCCAUUUUGGGUUGAAAUCCAAAUACAGAUAAAGACACAGAUAUGUGGGGCACUAAACAGAUACAGAUAGUCGUUGUGCUACACCUCUAGUUAACUACAUGACAAUUAUGUGCAAAAUGAGGAUGGUGUAUGUAAUGGUUCGGUUUUAAACAAGCGGAAAAACAUGCUGCUUCUUAAAAAGGUUUGCUGUUAAUGAAAGAGGUUUGUUAUUGUAUUUCCUCCUUGUUGUGGUGUUAUGGAAACUUCCAUUUUGCAUCUUAUUUCCAUCUCUCUCACUCCUACUUUCUCUCUGAACCUCUCUGUCUCUCUCUCUCCUGCAGAACCAGUCUCCCCAGCCUAGCGAGCGUUCAUGUGCCACCCCGCGCAGGUACCGUGGCGGCUCAGCUGACAGCCGCACCCGCCCACACAGACGCUACUGACUUCAGCUCCCAGGAUGCCCUUCUUUCCAGCCUGUCCCUUUAGUCUUUACUGACAAGCACUUUAUCACUCUUACACUCACUUGAAAGCAGCAGGUAGUCAGUAUUGCGCCACAGACUACAACACUUUUUUUCAGAUUUGUCCUUUUUCUGAUUUAUACACUCAGUCAUAUUUGUGAUUUAUGUAGAGGAAUUAUUUUACAUGUGAUUUGCCCUUCAAUUAUUCCAUCUUACCUUAUUUUUGUACUUAUUUAUAUUUAGAAAUAGAUCUAUUUUAGAACUAUAAAUUAAAUACACUUUUAUUAAUGCCCUGAACAUUAAUAAUGGAAAAAUACAUUCUAAGAUGUGCAGCAAUUCUUAUGUAACAAUAUAAUGGUUUGUGCUGAUUUAAUCAGGACAGGUUUUGUGGGAGUGGAUAUACUUGUGAGUAAAUGACCGUUGAGGUGGAAUUAAUCUGAGCGAACUGACUCCACUUGCUCUACAGGGUCAGGGAGUGAAACCCAGCAGUGAACUCACUGUUCCAUCCUGUUACACCACCCGUUCCCUCCCUCUUCAGUUUACACAACCGCAGAACCGUCCCAUCCCACACACACUCCUGUAACUGUCUUUAUGGAGGGUUUCCAAUGAACCAUUUAAUACAGAGGUUUAAUAUUGUUGUACCUGCACCUAAACCUAAUCCCAGUAACAAAAGCAAAUCUUGUUUUAUUGUUCAAAUGCAAAUAUAUUUCAACCUGUCCUCACAGCAUCCAAAUAUUCAUGUUUACUUUGUUAUUAUGGGUAUAUUUGGUCUCCAUCAAUAAAGUAAAACAGGAUUUUAAGCAUAGUGUGUGUGUGUGUGUGUGUGUGUGUGUGUGUGAGAGAGUGGGGGGGUUGUGUCUAUGCAGUGAGUACUAUAUGGGCUGUGGAAAAAAAUAUAAAGACCAAUUUGGAUGUAAAUAUUGAUUUGUAAUGCGGCGAACAACAUGCAGAAUCACAAUUACAAGGUUCUGCAUGUGUUAGGAGUGGUAUUUUGUCUAAAAAUAGUGCCUAAAAAUGAUAAAGAUAAUGACAUAUUUAAGGAUAAAUUGAGGAUGCCUUCAAAGUUUUACAAAAGAGCAAGAGCUUUACCUUCAGUCAUGACUGAAAUUUAAUUUGAUGAAAUAUCUGCCCUCAUACACUUUUAGGUUGCAUUGCAUUUCGUGGCUUCUGUUUUCUAAUUAUUCAUUUUCAUCACAUGCUAUUUGCACUUCAUUAUUGAGAGAUGGUCAUACAAUUCAAUAAUUAACUUGCACAACAGCUAGCGUGUGCAUGGCUAGCCAUGCAAAAAGGACAAAAAAGAGGCAAGAAGACCUCAAAUUCACCUUGCCUUAAGUAAAGGAAAGUUAAAGUUUCGCCUGCAUGUGCAGUUCUGCUAAUCUGUCACGUUUUUCCUGUAUGUGUUUGAGCCUUGCCUCCGGUCAGCUUGCCUUGACUUGUUGCAGCAGGACAAGGAAAGCCACGCAGUGCAGAACAAUCUGGCAGCAACUUGCCUUCUUAGAAAGGUGAUGAAACUUUUGGUGUGUUGCAUGAACACACCUGCUGAACAGGUUUCAGCGCUUUGUGCCAUAAUCUUACUAGAUGUUGGGGGUUGUUUCUCACACACACACACAUUAUCCUGUCUGUUUGGGCAAGGAGAGAUUUUACAAGAUUUCCUCCUGUGAUGUUUUAAAUCCCAGGGAUUUGAGCAUGCACAUGUUUCAACAGGAUCUUUCCAUGUUUUUUUUUAUUGGUUAAAUCUAGUAGCUUGAAAAAGCAGAGCUUUUUUGGAUCCUUAUGGAAAAAUCACAUACAUUUCACAUGUGAUUAUGUCAGUAAUAUCUGAUUACAUGUGGAAAAAAAUUAAUGUGAAAGUGAAUUUCAACAU